GCACCGGCGGCCCAGACUUCCCGGGCCAUGGACCUAGUGGCGGCGGCGGAGACGGGGGCGGCGACCCCGCACGUGGAGGUCCGCGAUGAGGUGGCGGAGAAGUGCCAGAAGCUGUUCCUGGAUUUCCUGGAAGAAUUCCAGAGUAGUGAUGGAGAAGUAAAAUACUUGCAGCUGGCCGAAGAGUUGAUUCGUCCUGAGAGAAACACAUUGGUUGUGAGUUUUUUGGAUCUGGAGGAAUUUAAUCAGCAGCUUUCCACCACUGUUCAAGAGGAGUUCUACAGAGUUUAUCCCUACUUGUGCCGGGCAUUGAAAAACUUCGUUAAAGAUCGUAAAGAAAUUCCUCUUGCCAAAGAUUUUUAUGUUGCAUUCCAAGACCUCCCUACCAGACACAAAAUUCGGGAGCUGACUUCAUCCAGAAUUGGUUCGCUCACAAGGAUCAGUGGGCAGGUAGUCCGAACCCACCCAGUGCACCCAGAGCUUGUAAGCGGCACUUUCUUUUGCCUAGACUGUCAGACGGUGAUCAAGGACGUGGAACAGCAGUUCAAAUACACACAGCCCAACAUCUGCCGAAAUCCAGUGUGUGCCAACAGGAGAAGGUUCCUGCUGGAUACGAACAAAUCGAGAUUUGUUGACUUUCAAAAGGUUCGUAUUCAGGAGACGCAGGCAGAGCUCCCGAGGGGAAGCAUUCCCCGCAGCUUGGAGGUCAUCUUGAGAGCUGAAGCUGUGGAAUCAGCACAGGCUGGUGACAAGUGUGACUUCACAGGCACUCUGAUUGUUGUCCCAGAUGUUGCUAAGCUUAGCACGCCAGGAGCGCGUGCAGAGACAGAUUCCCGUGUCAGUGGAGUUGAUGGAUAUGAAACAGAAGGUGUCAGAGGGCUCCGGGCUCUUGGUGUAAGAGAUCUCUCUUAUAAGCUGGUUUUCCUUGCCUGCUAUGUUGCACCAACCAAUCCAAGGUUUGGUGGAAAAGAGCUCCGAGAUGAGGAACAAACAGCUGAGAGCAUUAAGAACCAAAUGUCUGUAAAGGAGUGGGAGAAAGUGUUUGAAAUGAGUCAAGAUAAAAACCUUUACCAUAAUCUCUGUACUAGCCUUUUCCCUACUAUACAUGGUAACAAUGAGGUAAAGCGGGGUGUCCUUCUGAUGCUUUUUGGAGGUGUUCCCAAAACAACAGGAGAAGGCACUUCCCUGAGAGGAGAUAUAAACGUUUGCAUUGUUGGUGACCCCAGCACAGCUAAGAGCCAGUUUCUUAAGCAUGUGGAGGAGUUCAGUCCCCGGGCUGUGUACACCAGUGGGAAAGCCUCCAGUGCUGCCGGCUUAACUGCUGCGGUGGUGAGAGAUGAGGAGUCCCAUGAGUUUGUCAUUGAGGCUGGAGCUCUGAUGUUGGCAGAUAAUGGUGUAUGUUGUAUUGAUGAGUUUGAUAAAAUGGAUAUGAGGGACCAAGUUGCCAUUCAUGAAGCCAUGGAACAACAGACAAUCUCCAUUACCAAAGCAGGAGUUAAGGCUACUUUGAAUGCCAGAACAUCCAUUCUGGCUGCAGCAAACCCAGUGAGUGGACGCUAUGACAGGUCAAAAUCACUGAAGCAAAACAUAAAUCUCUCGGCUCCCAUCAUGUCCCGAUUUGAUCUCUUCUUUAUUCUUGUGGAUGAGUGUAAUGAGGUCACAGAUUAUGCCAUUGCCAGGCGGAUUGUAGAUCUACAUUCAAGAAUAGAGGAAUCCAUUGAUCGAGUCUACUCCCUUGACGAUAUUAGAAGGUAUCUGCUCUUUGCAAGGCAGUUUAAGCCUAAGAUUUCUAAAGAGUCAGAAGACUUCAUUGUGGAGCAGUACAAGCGCCUGCGCCAGAGAGAUGGCUCUGGGGUUACCAAGUCUUCCUGGAGGAUUACAGUGCGGCAGCUGGAGAGCAUGAUCCGGCUCUCUGAAGCCAUGGCCCGCAUGCACUGCUGUGAUGAGGUACAUCCUAAACACGUGAAGGAAGCAUUCAGAUUAUUGAAUAAAUCUAUCAUUAGAGUAGAGACACCUGAUAUCAAUCUGGGUCAAGAGGAAGAGCCCCUGAUGGAGGUAGAAGAGGGCCAAGAUGGCAUCAGUGGUCAUGCUGAUGUCCCAGUUACCAUCAAUGGAAUCAACGGCCACAGUGAAGAUGUGAACCAGGACGUGGCUCCCAAAGCUUCCCUGAGGCUUGGCUUCUCUGAAUACUGCCGCAUCUCUAACCUCAUUGUGCUGCACCUCAGGAAGAUGGAGGAAGAAGAAGAUGAGUCAGCACUAAAGAAGAGCGAACUUGUUAAUUGGUACUUGAAAGAAAUAGAAUCGGAAAUAGACUCUGAAGAGGAACUUAUAAAUAAAAAGAGAAUCAUAGAAAAAGUCAUUCAUCGGCUCAUACAUUAUGAUCACGUUCUAAUUGAACUCACUCAAGCUGGAUUAAGAGGUUCUUCGGAAGGAAGUGAGAGUUUUGAGGCAGACCCCUACCUGGUCGUUAACCCCAACUACUUGCUUGAAGAUUAAAGGGGAUUUUAAGUGACUAUUUAAUGAUGGAAAAUUGGUGGAAAGUAUAAAUUAACAACAAGGCUAGUAUUUGAAUGAUGGUAAAUUCACAAAUGCAAUAGGAGGCUAAGUGGGAAGAGGCUAAAAGGCUAAAUUUAGGCAAAGAGGCUAAAAAUUUCAAAGGCAGAAAAAGAAACAUAUAUAUAUUUCUAUGUGUUUCUAUCUCAUAUUCCUUGAAUACACUUAUGCUGACACAAGGUCUUGUCCAGUUCAGGCUGGGACCUAGCAACCAUGUGGUCUCUGUAAUCACAAGAAGGACUUUAAAACUACAUCUGCUUUUGUUCAUGAGGUGGAACAUUGUAUCUGUUUCAUGAAUUCUGUUCCUUUGUUUAAAAAAAAGCAACCUUUUCUGUUUGACACUGCUUUUAAUUUUCAAAGGAAAAAUAAAAAAAUUUGUCCUAAA